UCCUACUUUCAUCAGAUUGUGUUCGAGAUAUAUAGAGGGAGAUUUGAAGUAAUAAGAUCAUUUCCUAUUAAUUAAUUUCUGUGACAUAGUUACUACAUAACUCCAAUGGUAUACAUAAAUAUAAAAAAUUGCUAGGUUAAUUAAAAAGAAAACAUAGAGGAAAUGAAACAGAGUCUAGGGCCAACCCAAGUAAUCCCUCUUUCUAACUUUGGCCCCAAAAAAAAAAGAAAAAAAAAAAACCAAGUAUAGACAUAAUUUAAAAGGAGAAAGCGAUAAAUUGGAUUCGUAAACCAAAGUGAUGGGUAAAGGAAAGCAGCAAAACUAUAAAGCUGUAAAGAAGUUGAUCAAAGGAACCCAGAUAGGUGAACUGGUGAAGCAAAGCUACCAAUUACCUUUAUUGUGUUUCAUGAACUGGUCAGCAAUGCGAUACUUUGCAAAGUGGCUUGAAGGAUUGUCGAAUGGAUGAUGUACUUGAAAUGUGGGAAAUGUAGUUCAGAAAGAAAGAAAUAGAAUGUAUUCUUGAACCAAAGGUUACGUUAGUUAGAGGGAAUCAAGUAACCCAGAUAGGUGUACCGGUGAAGCAAACAAAGGAAUUCAUCAACCAUGCAUGCAUAGAAAAGGUAACGAAGCUUCAUAUGAAUUAAAACCUCUAAAACAAUUCCAUUCUAAUAACCAUAACAAUUUUAUUGUUGGAAACAAGAGAGAGAGAAGAUGGCUGAGUUUGUAGUUUCGACUGUCGUGGAAAAGCUCACAGACUGGAUCACUGAAGAAGCACUUCUCUUGGAAGGUGUGGGUGACAAAGUUGAGCAACUACGAGACAAACUGCAAUGGAUGCAAAGUUUCCUCAAGGAUGCAGAUGCAGAGCAGGAGAAAAAUGAAAGAUUUCGCAAUUGGGUGUCUCAAAUAAGAGAAGUGGCUUUGGAUGCCGAAGAUGUUAUAGAAACUUACAUUGCAGAAGCAGCAUCUCACAGUACAUGGAACAUAGCUGCAAAGUUAAUCAAUCUUUACUGGGCCGGAAAGAAGAUUGGAAAAAUCCAAUCUAGGGUCCAAAACAUUUCAAGCCAAAAAGAACAUUUUGGGAUCACUGGCACUGCUCGAGAGGUACAUGAAGGGACGAGUGCUUCCCCAAAUGAAAGGCUUCGAUGGUGGAGACAGACAUCGCCCAAUAUCGAAGAAGAUGAUUUGGUUGGUCUAAUAGAAGAUACCGAAGCAUUGCUAAGACAACUAUCUACCAUGGAGCCUCGUCGCCGUGUGGUUUCUAUUGUGGGCAUGGGAGGUCUCGGCAAAACUACUCUUGCCAAAAAAUUGUACAAUCAUAGUGAGCUCAAGAAGCAAUUUGAUUGUAGAGCGUUUGUUUAUGUAUCUAAAGAUUACCGUAGAAGAGACACUCUGCAAGGGAUAAUUGUAGCGGUAAAUCCUGAUUGCAAUAUACAGGAUUUGAAGAAACUACAAGAGGAGGAGCUGGUAUUGAAGUUGCAUCAGUUACUGCAGGAGAAGAGGUAUCUACUGGUUCUUGAUGAUAUUUGGGAAACAAAGGUCUGGGAUAGCUUGCAAUCUGCAUUUCCAAAUGGGAAGAUGGGAAGUAAGGUGAUGCUCACCACCCGAAAUAAGGAAGUUGCUUUAUAUGCAGAUGCAAUGAGCGAACCCAUUGAGCCGCAAUUUUUAACACAAGAUGAAAGCUUGGAACUGUUCCGCAAGAAAGCAUUCCCGGGAAUGAAUGAAAUGCCUUCUGAUUUGGAGAAUCUCGGAAGACAGAUGAUGGCAAAAUGCAGUGGCCUGCCGCUCACGGUGGUGGUGCUUGGAGGAUUGUUGUCCACGAAAAGGAAGACUGCAGAGGAAUGGACACGCGUGGUACAAAACAUCAACUGGCGCCUGAUUGGUCAAGAUCGCGUUUCUGCAGUUUUAGCUCUAAGCUACAAUGAUUUGCCUUUCCAUUUAAAAUCCUGUUUUCUCUAUUUGGGUCUUUUCCCCGAGGAUUCCUCUAUAUCGAAAAGAAAGUUGAUACACUUGUGGGUUGCAGAAGGAUUCUUACCACAACAAGGAGAAGAAGUGGCGGAAGGUGUUGCUGAAAAUUGCUUAAACGAGUUGAUUGAUAGGUGCAUGGUCCAGGUGGGAACCUCACUUGGAAGGGUUAAAACUAUUCGGAUGCAUGAUCUUCUCAGAGACUUCUCUGUCUUGAAGGGGAAUGAGGAGUGUUUUCUUGAAAUUUAUGGUGGGCACAAAAUUGAAUCGCCAACACCACAACGGACCAAAUCUCGGAGGCUUGCAAUCCAUGUUGAAGAUAAACGGUAUGUUUUUCUAAAGCCGUAUGCCCCCUACUUACGCUCCCUUCAAUUUUUCAAGAUAGGCCAUGCAGAAAUUGGCUUUAUUUACAAGGAUUUCAAGUUGCUUAGGGUCCUAGAUGGUGUUCCCGCGCAAUCCCGGGCACUAGGUGCAGUAGGAAACCUAAUUCAACUGAGGUAUCUAGGAUUAGUAAGUAGAUCUGAUUUUAAGCCUGCGAGAUCAUUAAAGAGCUGGGCUAGGUUCGCUUUCGAGCUGCCUCGAUCGAUUGGAAAAUUGAAGAAUCUACUGAUACUUAAACUAGAAAAUUGCAUCCCUGAUGUUAUUUGGAAGAUGAAGAAUUUGAGGCAUUUGUUCCUUUCUGGAACCAACCCUACGAAUCUUAGACUGGAUACCUUGAGCAAUUUACGGACGCUAAAAAAUUUAGGGAGUGGAAGAUGGAUAGAAGAUGGUGGUUUAGUCAAGUUGACUAAUUUGCAACGACUGAAGAUAGUAGGAUUGAAAGAGGCAAAUUUAAAUUCUGUGUUCUCCAACAUUGAGGGAUUGCACUGCCUUGAAUCCUUGUCGCUGGAAUUCAGAGAAAACGAAUCACUUCCACCACCCUUAAGACUCUCUCAUUUUGAGCAUCUCCGCAAGCUCCAUUUGGAUGGGAAAAUAGUGAAGCUGCCUGCUAGGCGCGAAUUUCCUCCGAACCUCAUCAAGCUACGUUUGUUAAAUUCCUAUCUCGAACAAGACUCAAUACGUAAACUUGAGAGGUUGCCAAACCUACAGAUGCUUCUCUUGGGAGCCUAUUCAUACAACUGGGAAAAACUGGUUUGCAGGCGACGGUUUCCUCAGUUGCGCAUUCUACAUAUAGAAGAUAUACCAAAUUUGAAGUUGAUAGUGAAAGCUUCGGCAAUGAAGCAGAUCACGGAUCUGAAGGUAAGCCGCUGUCCAGGAGCGUCGAUUAAAAUUCAUGGCGAUAGAUACUUCAGGAACAUAGAAGUGUUGGACAGUUCUUUGGUGAAAUUAUCCUUCCUCAGUUAAUUAUCGCUGAGGAUGUUUGUUUUGUUG